AUGACGUUUGCUAACUGUGAAGGUUUACGUUGUUCAUUUAGCAGUAUCUAUAAAUCACCCAGGAAGCAAGCCUUGGACAUGCAUGUUAGAAAGAUUCUAGACUGUGAUAAUUGUGGUGGGAUAAAACCUACACCUCAUGCCAAAAAAAAAAAUGUAAAAUUUGGUUCAGAUGCCUGAGCCUUAAUGAUUCAAAGUGUAGAUUCACUAGCUGAUGCUGUAGCUGAAAUGAGGCCAAGGAGAAAAAGAGUGACUAUUGAACAGAGAUGAAGAAGUCCUAAAGCAACAAAAGAUGGGGUGACAGUUGCAAAGUUAAUUGAUCUAAAAAAUAAAUAUUAAAAUAUCAGAGCUACAGUCCAACAGUGAUAAUCGACAUUUGUUCAAAACAUUGUCAAUAACACAAAUGAAGAGGCCCAUGGAAUCAUGAAUGCUACUAUUCUGGCAUGCUCUGUUUUCAAGGAGGGCUUUGAGGAAGUCAGCAGUGCUAAUCCAGAGGAAAUCAGGAGAGGUGUGAUGUUAGCUGUUGAUACUGAAAUCACUGAAAUUAAAAAGCAGUCAAAACCUGUGUCAACUCCUGAAGCGACUUCUCAGGAUGCUACAACUUCUGCAAAUGGGGACACAGACAUCGGAAACAUUCUUUCUGAUGCAAUGAGAAAUGUUGGAAGAAAGAUCCUUGUCACAGCGAAGGACAGAAAAACGAUUGAUAAAGUGGAUAUUAUUGAGGGCAUGAAGUUUGAUAAAAGAUAUAUCUCUCUACAUUUUAUUAACACACUGAAAGGUCACAAUUAUGAAUUCCAAGAGGCCUAUAUUGUGUUGUGUGAAAAGAAAUUCCUAGGGUUGAGUCCAUUUUAUCUGCUUUUAAAACUUCCAGCUCUCACUAGAAGCCGUUUCGCCAAAGACACUGGCAGAGAAGCUCUAAGUACAGUCCGUUUCAACACCGAAGUUGGUCUUCAGGUUGCAGCAGUCAAAGCUACAGGGCUCGGGAUCAGAGCAAGCUUAAAGAUACUGCUGUUUGCUACCAGAGAUGCAGUAUUUGGAGAAGGAGCAUUGAAUCUAAAUCUUGUAGGUGUUCAAGUUCAUGACUCAGGAAAGGUUGGAGAGGUCAUUGUCACUAAAGAUGACACUACUAUACUUUUAAAAGGAAAAGGUGACAAAGCUAAAAUUGGAAAACAUACUCAAAGACAGAAAAACAUAUUCAAAAAAAUCACUGAAAGGUUAGACCCCAUAACUAGUGAAUAUAAAAAAGAAAAGCUGAAUAAGCAUGUGGCUAAGUCUUCCCAUGGGGUAGCUGUGCUGAAGGCUGAAGGAACAAGUGAUAUUGAAAUGAAUAAAAGAGUUACAUAUGUCCCAAACACUCCAAGAGCAGCUGUGGAAGAAGUGCUUGCUCUAGGAGAGGGUAUCAGUCUGCUUUGCUGCAACCCAGCCUUGGAUUCCUUAAUGCCUGCUAAUGAAGAUCAGAAAAUUGUUACACAAAUUAUUCAAGAAGCACUCAAAAUUCCUGCAGUGACUAUUGCAAGGAAUGCAUGUGUUGAAAGAUCUUUGAUUAUUGAGAAAAUUCUACAGAUUUUCUGUGUUGGUUAUGAUCCUGUACUGGGAGAUUUUGUGAACACGGUGGAAAGGGGAGUCAUUGAUCCAACAAAAGUUGUAAGAACCGCUUUCCUGGAUGCUGCUGGGGUGGCCUCCGUGUUAACUAGUGAAAUUCCUAGAGAAGAGAAGGAUCCUGGAAUGGGCACAAUGGGUGGAAUGGGAGCAGCAUCUGCGGAGCGGCUAGGUGGAGCCCGCGCCCGCGGAGCCCUGGUGGACUCCAGAUCCGGGUUUUGCCGGCCACCCCUUUCUCCCGGCUGGAGAGCCCCCCUCCCCGGUCCUGGGAGCUCUCGCGCCCGUCGCCCCGCCGCCGGUGGUGGCUCACUCCGGCCUCGGCUGCCUUGGCCGCCGCUCGCACCCCUGCCUGACUGCGGGGCGCGUCGCCCCCGACGAGCCUGCUCGGCCCGCAGCGCGCUCGCUCCCAGUUCCCAGGAGCGGGGAUGCAGAUGGCACGGCCGGGCCGGGAGGGCGCCGCCACCACCGCCACCGCCGCCGCCGCCGCUGGCAUCUCGCGGACUGCGCGCUGCCUCCGCUCCCGCAGCUGCUGCUGCUGCUGCCGCCGCCACCGCCUGUGACUCUCAACCGAAGCCGGCGGCGGCCCCGGCGGUUGGCGGUGACGGCGGCGGCUCGGAGCCCGGGCCCCGCGAUGAAGCUCCCGCAUGCCCGCAGCUACCCGGCCCCGCCGGCGAGCUGAUCCGCCACCACCGGAGCUCGGGGCUCGCCACCCCCGGCAGGCACGCAGCCCUCCAGCGGGGCCCGGCGCCCGCUCUGCCCGCGCCUCCACGCCGUGCACCGGGGAAGGAGUUUGCGCGGCUGGCUCCUGGGCUCUCGGAGCGGCUUGCGGGCGGCCGAGCGGACCCUCGGCAGCCGGAGCACCUCGGGGGCCAGCAGGAGGAGGACGGCGAAGAGGGCUGGGCGGAGAAGCCACUGCUGGUCCUCGCCGCUGCCCCUACCUAUCCCCUCCCUCCCGCUCGGAGGCGGAAAGGGGAGGACGAGGAAGAAGAAGAAAAAGAAAGAGACGGGGGGUGGGUGGUCGCCCUGCUCGGGCGCAGGCGGCGGCAUCCGCUGGGCGGGCAACCAACCGAGGGGGGGUGCGGGGUUCACGUACACUCACCCUGCCACUCACACAUUCGCCUUCGCACACUCGCCCUCACGCGCACACUCAUCUCAUCGUGA